GGAAGAAUGGGAGAAAAAUAAGAGCGAUGGCAUGGAAGGUUUAUACCCUUUUAUUAUGUCUGUUCGUAAUUAUCCUAGUCAUAAUCGUAUUACGACGACUUUACUUUCAUCCUCUGUCACGUUUUCCUGGACCUAAGUUAGCUUCUAUCACAAGUUUCGUGCUGUUUUAUGUUCUAUGGACAGGGCGAGAAAAAGUCCUGGUAUCGCAAUCUGCAUCAGAUUUACGGGUCAGUCGUAAGGUGCGGGCCGAAUCACCUUUCUUUUAAUGAUCCGG